GCCGAGUUUCUCAUAGUAUAUACAUUGUCAACGAUAUCUCUUCUGCUACCAUGCCGACUGUAAAUCCGCCAUCGUUUUUUAUUUCACUCCCCGUCGCGUCUCUCAACUCCGCUACCGAUUUCUAUAAAUCUCUCUCAUUCACUCCUCUUCCUGAUUUCUCCGACGCCAACACUUCUGCCUUUCGUUUUCCCUACAGAUCCAACUCCAAUAUUUGUCUUAUGCUACACUCUACAAGGCGGUUCGGAGAAUUUGUCCGUCAGGGCUCAGAGAUUAUAAAUGCGAAGAAGUUCACGGGUGCGAUAUACACUCUAGGCGUGGCCAGCAGAGACGAUGUGGAUGGGCUAUUAGAAAAGGCCGAGAGGGGGGGCGGCAAAAAAGAUCCAUUCAAAAUGGAAGGGUAUGGGAAAUCCGUGGGAAUAUACACCAGGAGCUUUGAGGAUGUGGAUGGGCAUGUCUGGGAAGCGACAACUAUGCUGGAGAAGAAGGAGGAAGUGAAGAAGGAUGAGAAGAAGGUCGAGAAGAAGGAUGAGAAGAAGGUCGAGAAGAAGAAUGAGAAGAAGGUCGAGAAGAAGGAUGAGAAGAAGGUCGAGAAGAAGGAUGAGAAGAAGGGCGAGAAGAAGGAUGAGAAGAAAAAGAAGGACGAAAAAGGCAAAGCGUAAUCCCAUGUCGUUAGAUGGUAGCUUUUAUAUUUGACUUGGGGCAUUGAUGCACGGUGUCUGGGGUUAUCAUUUUCCACCACUUCGCGAAUACAUUGCUGGAUUACGUGGGCUGCUAUUAUCUUGUCUUGCUCUUGUAUCCUUUGUUAUCAAUUUUCUGUCCCAGUCAGAAUCAAGUAUACAUACAUACUCGAC